CGUCAUCACCGUGCGUUUUGCGUUGAUUUUCCCAGAGUGGCCGGAAGUGUUGUGGAAAGCUACUGUUACAAGGGAGUGCAAAUGGAACCUGAAUUCAAGGAGUGCACUGGAGACACAGAGCUGCUCCCAGAGACCCUGGACAAUGUUUUAAAACUGUCUGAUCAUGAAUCCCAGACACACAGCAGUCCUCUUGCAGACACCCUUCUGAACAACAAUGCAGGUGCCUGCAGUGACACCACACAGGACAAGACCGAGGAAGACAACUUUUUCGACUGCGAGGAGACCCUGGAGAAUGAGCCUCAGGAAGAAGAGGAUGAAUUCGACCUUAAAGAGGAUCAGGUGUCUGAAUUCAAUGAGGAAUAUUUAAAAGAGUUAGAAAAGGAUUUAACACAAGAAGAAAAACAGAGCAGAAAAGACGAAAGCAUGCAGUUAAAAGAAGGUGGAAACGAGCAGUUUAAGAAAGGAGAGUAUGUGGAAGCAGAGGAUUCCUACACUAAGGCUCUCACAAUCUGCCCCUUUUGUUAUGAAAAGGAGAGGUCCAUUCUGUAUUCCAACAGGGCAGCUGCUAGAAUGAAAAUGGAUAAAAAGGAGGAAGCCAUAUCUGACUGCACGAAAGCCAUAGAACUGAACCCAAAUUACAUCAGAGCUAUACUCAGGAGAGCAGAACUGCAUGAGAAAACUGAAAAACUAGAUGAAGCCCUGGAUGAUUACAAAACCAUUGUUGAAAAGGAUCCGUCAGUGACACAAGCAGUAGAAGCCUGUAUGCGGUUGCCAAAGCAGAUCGAGGAGAGGAAUGAGAAGCUCAAGGUGGAAAUGAUGAGCAAGCUUAAGGAUCUCGGCAACAUGUUUCUUCGCCCUCUUGGACUGUCAACAGAAAACUUCCAGGUCAACCAGGAUCCCUCCAGUGGCUCCUACUCUGUUAAUUUUGUUCAAAAUCCGAACAACAACAGAUAAUGCUGUCCUGUUAAAAAGCUGCUGGCCUCCUCGCUUCUGCCGAUAUUACAAAUGCAGCUAAUCUGAUGGGGAUGUCAGUUUCAGCAACUCCCCAAGCUAAUAGCUUCUAGGAAUUUGGAAAAAUAAGUUUCUAAUGUCAGCACUGAAUUCUUAAAGAUCAAUUGAGAAGAGGUUGAGGUUGCCUGUAAUGCCUGAUACCUUUGAUGAGCCUCGCAGCCAGAGCUUAAUUUAAAGAUAAAUUAUUAAGACAUACAGCUGUAGUAUUUAACAGAGGCAACAUGUUUUGUGUCGCAGUAUCUGUACAUAAUUUGACUGCAGUUUAUUUGUUAGACAUCAAAAAGCCAAUCAUAGUGUUUUUGUGUGUAGGUGAAAUAAAAAUGUAUUGGCAUUUUUUUGUUUAGUUAAACAGCAGUGGGCUAUUCUGGAAUGACACAUUGCCUUGCCUGUGCUUUAGAUUAAUCAUGGUUUCAGAAUAUUUAACUGUAAUGUGAGAGAUAAUUAUGUCUACAAAGGAGUAGUAAUACAAGCUAGUUGUGUUUUGGAAGGGGCGUUUGAUGUUGGUUUUCUGCAGUUUGGAUAAGGCUUUAUGUGCAGUCCCUCUUAAAUAGUUUGAAAGCUCUGAAAAAUGAUAUUGACAUGCUUGUCUUGGAUUUAAAGGGUUUGUUUAUAUAGGAAUGCUAUUUAAAUCUGAUUGGUUCGAUUGCUUUCCCCUUGAUAUAAAAGGUUCGAAAGGCUAAAGGUUAUCUGCAGGUCAUUCAGCAUUCUUAUUUACCCUUAAGUGUUCAUGUAUAGGGCUAUAUCAGAGUAGCUGUGGUGUCUUGCUCGUUUUUGUUAAUGGUGCAGUUUGCACUGGAGUAUAAUCCUGGCCCUUAUAUUCGAAAUGUAGUAAGACCAAAUAACAGAUAUUUCUUUGUCUUACCUGUUAGGAUGAGAGAUUACAGUAGAAAGCAGAGAAUCGGUUGUUUUUGUCUGUUAUAUCGUAUGGGAUAUGGUUCCUUAGUUUGCCACUCAUGUGAAAUGCAUUACCCUUGCUUUCCAAAAUGGCAUCUUGUUCAUCUCUAUAGGGGUUGUUGCUCUAUUAUAACCAUUGUAUGAUUUGAAUGUAAAGAAAGAUGUGUGUUUUUACAGAUGAGCUCUAAUGCUGUAAAGUAUGUUAAACGUGGACUAGAUUUGAAUUUAAGUUUUAAUAGUUUAUGAUAUGGUGUCUUUUUAUGUGUUGGUUUUAUACAUUUUUUUGUUUUGUUUUUACUACAAGUCUAUGAGAAACACAUAUUUUGAAGCUGCUUUAUAGAUUGAUGUUUUUUUUUUUUCUGGCAAUGCAAGUUUUUAUGUAAUGUUUUACCAAUGUGACAUAUAAUCUUCACAUAUGAUGAUAAUAAUAAUAAUAAUAAUAAUAAUAAUAAUAAUAAUAAAAAGAAAUGUAUAUUCCAAAGAACAUUUUCUUCUCUACCAUCAUUGUUAAAUAUGGUUUGGUUUCUGGCAUUAGCUGUGAAUAGGCCCCUCGCAUAAAAUAACCUUGAAAACCAGCAUGGCAAAGUAAGGCAUCGAUAUUACCUUCUUGUCUACUGUGACAGGGCAAAGCAAGCACCUUGUAUAGUUCAUCCUUCAGAUUUAUUUGAGUCAUUUCAGUUUUCGCCAUGAGAUUAAUUAAUCUAGAAAUAUAAGUAACAGGCUCACUGUCACUGCCCAGAAGACACCCCUCUAGUGAAGUUCUUUCUGCAGAGCAGGCAGUAGGGAUUAGAGUACUUGUGCAUGGUUGGGAUCUGGGUGUUUGCAGAGCAGGCAGUAGGGACUAGAGUACUUGUGCAUGGUUGGGAUCUGGGUGUUUGCAGAGCAGGCAGUAGGGACUAGAGUACUUGUGCAUGGUUGGGAUCUGGGUGUUUGCAGGAAUUCUUGGUGCAAUGUCAUUGCCUGACUCAUAAGAUGUCAGAGCCGAUCAGCUGUAGCAGCUGCUGAUGUUCACAAUCCUCCCUUGAGGUCAAUGUCAGUGACUCUGAGAGUGAUGUAGAUAAGUGAUGCAAUUCCAUUACUUUUUACCACACCUCAUCAACAAACAUCAUGACAUGCUAGCCACACGUCCAAUAACGCUUUAGGCAGUGUUCAGAACACACAUUCAAAGCAUGAGGAUAAACUAUUUUUACAUUAUCAACUUCAUUCUAUCUUCUAAUUAAUAAACUGCUAUUUUUUUUUUACCUUGUUUUAUGCCUCAAUUAUAUGAUCUUGUGGGGGACUUUGUUUUAUUUAUGAAGCCACUAUCCUGAUAGCAGCAUCUAAGAAGUGCCAAAUAUAUCCUUUUAUUCUGUAAGGACAGGUGUGUGUGUGUGUGUGAGCGAGAUACCUUUGCAAUGUUACGGUGUGGUCACUCUUGUAUUGAUCCCUAUCUGAAGAAUCCAAACACCUACUAUACUUUCCUUUUCAGUAGGGAAUAAACCUGGUUCCUUCUGUAGUAGUGGGCUUAGUGAUGGAGUAUUAAUGGAAAGAUAAUUAACUUUAAUAUUAAUAUUGAAACACAGGAUAUUAUCACCAACCGC